AGAACGAACAUGAUCACACAACUCGGUUAGGGUUCGGGGGAAGAAAUUAGGGUUGGAUUCAUAUACAGGGUUCAUGGCUCGGUGUGCAGUUUCUAUGAUUAGGCGAAUCUAUGGAGGAUUUUCAUGGACGAUUCGAAUUACGGAAUGUGGAAGCUGGAUCACGAAGAAAAAUCGUUGUGAGGACAGCAUCUAAUCAAAGUAGCCUGCGCGAUCUCUCACUUUGGGACCAAUGUGCCGGUGAAUUUUUGAAAUCUUGGUAUGUCUUCUUGGCAGUGGGAGAAUGCCACAGCAGGAGCUGUGGCAGGAUUUGCCACAGUCGUUUCGCUACACCCUCUAGACAUCGUCCGAACUCGAUUCCAAGUGAACGAUGGGCGUAACGCCUCAAUACCCAGCUACAAAAGUACUAUUCAUGCUUUGUCAACCAUUGGAAGAAUAGAGGGGUUGAGAGGGCUGUAUGCUGGGUUGACACCUGCACUGAUCGGGUCAAGCGUUUCUUGGGGAGCAUACUUUUUAUUCUACAGCAAUGCGAAAGCUAGAUACCAAGGAAUGGUAAAUGGCGAGUUAGGACCUGUCCUUCAUCUUAUCUCAGCCGUUGAAGCUGGUUCGCUAGUCUGUCUUGUUACAAACCCCCUGUGGCUAGUGAAGACACGGUUGCAGCUUCAGGCUCCGGGACAUGGAACUCAGAAACCUUACACAGGUGUUGCAGAUGCAUUACGGAGCAUUGUUAGGGAGGAAGGAUUGCGAGGUCUCUACAAAGGUCUUGGGCCAGGUCUACUUUUGGUCUCGCACGGAGCCCUGCAGUUCAUGGCUUAUGAAGAGAUGCAAAAGUUCCUUCUGGCCUCCCGCUCCAAACGUGUUCCAGAUCAUGAUUCUGACGGAGCAGCUCCGAAAUUGGCAUCUGUGGAUUUUGCAGUUUUGGGUGCUGCAUCGAAGAUCUUUGCACUUUUCUGCACCUACCCUUACUCAGUAGUACGAUCUCGGAUACAACAGAGACCGGACGACAAGGGCGUGGCCAGUUAUGUCGGUGGAUGGCAAGCUUUGAAGAAAACCUUCAGGUAUGAGGGUGUACGGGGCCUGUACAAAGGACUUUCACCAGCCUUGAUUAGAACGGUUCCUUCAUCAUCCAUCACUUUUGUGGUGUACGAAUCGGUUUUGAAGUUUCUGAAAUAACUUGUCACUACUUUUUGGGAACUGUAUAGAGCGGCCGGAGUUGAAAAAUCCCUUGGCGGUCGAAUCAGGAAUAAUUUUAUGUAAAUUUGAGAAGUCUUUACUCGCAGUUUCUAAGACCGCUGUUUGGAAGGGGUUCACAAGGAAAUGGAUGCGCAUUAUUCAUUUGAAGACUCUACAGAUAAUCUCUAUUCAAUUUUUUCCGAGGAAAGGUAUCCCCUUAAAAAUAUUGCAGACUUCGGGUUUAAUCGCCGAGGAUUAGUAUGAAACGUAGUUUCAAUUCAGAGCAGGACGGGAAGAUUUUGGGCACUUCGAAAUUUGAGACCUGGGAAAACAUGAUCUGAUCGAAUUAUUCUUUGGGCUGUAUAGGAUUCAUAUGAUGACCUUUGAUAGGCAAUUUCUGCUUUAUGGCCUGUAGAACUUAGUUGUUUUAGCUCCAGCUACGAAUGUGUAUAAUUUAUUUGACUCAGCUGAGUUGCCUGCAGUUACUCAAACUCGGACAGCGUGCUUUCGCAACGCGCGGUGCAUUGGAUACUCAAGCCUUUUUUCUGAGUACCUUUUGCGGAGUGAAUAUGACGUGAAUGUGCAAGUUUGGUCUCAAUGAUGAUUUGUGUUACAAGGAUUGACAGUCAAAUUAAAUCAAUGCUUGAAGGUGUUUGAAAGUGUUCUCUACUGUAGGCCGUCAUUAGUCGUCGUUGUCCCGAUUCAUUGGUUAAUACUUCUUCCAAUUUACGCAGGAGUAAAUCUGGUACAUUUGAGGAUUUGUAUGUUGCAGGCUACUCAAAAUGUGAGGUAGAAACAAUUCCAGCACGCUUGAAACGUUUUACAUUUCUGGCGGUGGUGAGAUGAUUCGCAGCCCGUGGUUCGUUCCCUUCUUUUUGUGCAUGGGUCGUAAUCUGCAGGUUGGAGGGAAACGACUAUGUCCAGGGUGAAGAUCGACUGUUUUGUAAUUCGUCCAAAGAGACAACUGGACGUAAGUCUACGGUAAUAAUGAUUACCAGCAACUUAUGAGUUACAGGCAUUGCAGGACGAAUGAGCCACACGAUUGUGAUGAUAAUUAAUGCAAGUCUUCUCUUCAAAAGUCGGCUAGAGCCGUAAACCCCGGAGCUUCUUCACUGAAAGUGGUGGCUCCCGCUCGCAAUUCCGGCUGAACUCAACAAACUGUGCGAGUGACACGACACGAAUUUUUGCUUAACCGAGCUCUCUCUAAACUCUGAGAGUAGUCGCAUGUUGCAGUUCUGCACCUUU